CACAUGUAUCAAAUUAUCAAAUUAUUGUUGCAAAUAGUAUACAGUUAUCUGUGAUAGUAUAUUUGAGAUGAGGAUAUUAUAUUGAUAUGAUGAUAAUAAUUAGUGUGUACGUAUUAGUUAAAACAAAUCUCCAAAUGUCAUCAAUUUCUAAAUUAAAGUAAUUCUCUAAACGUCUAGUAUUAUGUAAUGAAAUGUUUGUUUAAUUGCUUUGAUAUGAAUAAAACUAAAUAAAAAUGACAGAACCUAAAGAGAAAGCUGCAACUGCAAAAGAAAUUCCUAAAGUGCAAGUAGAAUAUUGUGGAACCUGUGAUUAUGGAGGACAUUGUUUAGCUCUGGCUAAGGCUAUACUAGAAAGUACUCCCAAUGCUCUAGUAAAUUGUCAAAGGGGACGUCAAGGGUCGUUUGAAGUGCAAGUGAACAAUACACUAAUAUAUUCGAAACUGCAAACAAUGGCUUUACCAGAUUAUGAUGAAGUAGCUCAAGUGGUUAACGACGUGUCACAAGGUGCAGAACCGAGGUUAAUAAAAGGACAACAACCAAUAAAUUGUGUCAUAUCAUAACAUUUAUUACAUACUUUUGUAACAAACAACUUAGUCUACAACAAGCAUAAUAUAUUAUUUAUUUUGUAACUUAAAUUACG